AAAUGGGGCUCACAAAAAAUGUCAUUAAUUUAUUUUAGCAAACGUUAAUGUAUGCUAUUUCUAAUGUUAAAUGCUGAGUCAUGGUUGGAAAUUGAUUAUUGUUGAUAAGAUAAAUAAGAGUGAUGUAGUUUUUGUAAAGUCUAUAAAAGCUUUGACGAUACUUUUUCUUAUAUUUGUCUUUCUUUAUUUACAUAUACGUCACAAAUUGCGUUUUUUUAAUUAUUGAUAAAUGACAAAUCGUACUAGACUUAUAACCAGACGGCAAAAUUCACUCAAACGUUUCAAUAACUGCGAGAUGUGCUGUUUAAUUAUCUGCUAUUCCAAAUAUUCUGGAAAAAAACUUUGAUCAAGUAUGGCAAGUUUUAAAUAUUAAUCUGUAGUUAUAUUGGAUUGUAUUUUCAAUGGGCGGAGCAAACUUCUAAUUCAAACACGUGAAAUAAAUAACGAUUACGCUAGAAUGACGUAGCUUUCCGAGUCCAUUAGUGGUAUCCGCGUCUUGAUGAUAAUCUAGUAUUUCAGCCUUGGUGAGGGUAAGUGGAUGGAGUGCUAACUUGUACACCUUUACUUCGAUAGAGUUGCAAUAGGUGCUGGAAAGUUUUAACUUACUGCUUUAUAUCAGAUUUAUCCAGUAACUGUAUUCAGAAUCGGAGAGAGAGAGAGAGAAAAUGGCUACUUAUAAAGAUGUUGUUAUAAUUGGCAAUGGACCAUCAGCUAUCAGUUUAUCAUAUCUUUUGGCUGGAAACAUGCCUUACUACUCAGCAUCAGGUCAUCCUGUUGACUUCUUACAUUAUCGUUUGGAAGGUUUACAGAAAGUUCCCAUUGUAGAUCUGGACCUGCAGUGGCUGAGUGAAGGAUUAGAAGGCCGGUCCAAUAAUCCCGUGUCUCUUCUCUUUGAUGCUCUCAACCAUCCUGAUGCAGACCUUGGUGUGGAGCAACCAUCUGUAUUAAGCUGGCAUCAUCAACACAGCCGACAGAUUGACCAUGUAGUGUUAGGGAAGGGGCCACCUGGUGGAGCAUGGCAGAAAAUGGAAGGAGGGACAUUAACUAUCAGUCUUGGAUCAUGGAUGGAACUACCAAACCUACCUUUCAGAGACUGGAAUUCAAUACAACACAGAGAAAGAAACUGCCUUCCUGGAAUACGACAGAAUAGAGUUAAUGUUGAAAGUGUAGCUCACUAUUACAGAGACUAUGUAGAUAUUAUGGGUCUCAGAAAAUUUUUUGUUAAUCAAACAACAGUAACAUCUGUACAUCUAGUUGGAACAGAUUGUGAAGGAGAAAAACUAAACCCAAGAAUUUGUCAGCUGUAUCCACUAUGGAAAGUACAAGCUCAAAGUGUUGAACAGUGUCAAGAUACUGGAGAAGUGAAAACUGCAGAUUUAUCUUUUGUCACACCACAUGUUGUAUUAGCAACAGGUAAUUCAGAUCAACCAAAUACCAUCGAUGUACCAGGAGAGAAUCAACCAUUUGUUCUCCACUUUCUGUCUGACUUGGAAAGACUUCUGCUGCGUGGCCAGUUAACACCUGAAUCUGGAACUGUACUGAUUAUUGGUGCUGGUCUUAGUGCAGCUGAUGCUAUUAUAGCAGCUCGUUUUCAUGGUAUUUCCAUUGCUCAUGUUUUCCGUAGAGAUGUCGAUGAUCCUGAACUUAUAUUCAACAAACUUCCUCAGAACAUGUACCCUGAAUAUCACAAAGUGAAUCAAAUGAUGGCAGAUCAUUCCAAAAGUUAUAGAGGUUACAAGCCAUAUCCAGCUCACAAAAUUACAUCUAUCCUUCCAAACCAUGAAGUUGUUCUUGAAUCCAUCAAAAGUGGUAAUAAGUGUGUAGUUCAUGCAGCGUAUGUUUUGGUUCUAGUUGGAAUGCAUCCUGACUUGUCUUUUAUGCCAGAUUCUGGUAAAAGCAUAGGAGUUUUGACAGAUGAACCAGUUAAUUGUAGGACAAACCAUAUUGAAAUUCAUCCAUACACACACGAGACUGUUAGCUACCCAGGAAUUUUUGCCAUGGGACCUCUUGUUGGAGACAAUUUUGUUAGAUUUGUCCAGGGAGGAGCCCUUGCAAUAACUAGUUACCUCCACCGAAAAAAAAAGAAAAAAGCCUUAUUUCCUCUUAGUAGUUAAUUAAAUACAAACUAUGUUAUAACAGGGUUCUAAAAUCUGGCUUUGUGUUAAUUGUUUUCUGCUACUUCUGAACAUUAGUGUCAACUGUAUUCAAUCAAUGCUUUAGUAUCUGCCAACAGUUAUAUUGACCUCCAGAAAUAAGUUAUUCUUCAAAGUUCAUACUUUUCCAAGAUUCAGUCUUAAUAUAUUUUUCUAGUUUGAGAGUGUUGUCCAUUUUCUACAAGCUUUUUGUACACAGCCAUCUUUUGAUACAGUAAUGACAGCUGUUUCAUGGAAACAAGGUUUUAAUUUUUUCUUGUGAAAAAACACCAACAAAAAACCUUAAAAGAUUUACUAAGUUUUUGUUGUACUAAGAUGCUUGUCUUUAAUGCAACAGUUCUCUUUAACUUGUAGAAAAUAAAGAUAAACAUUCAGUUGAUUUAAAUGUUUCAUUAUAGUUUAUUUGAAAACAGUAUUUUCAGGUUUAAUUUUUAUCAGUAAUUUCAGCAAUUUUUUUUUAUUCUAGGCCACAUUGCAUCAAAUAUUUCAGAUGAAUAGGUGUUUAUAUCUUUAAAUACAAUCUUUGAAUCCCCAGUAUUAAAGUGAACUUAAUAACAUGAAGGGUCAUGUCAUUUGAAAUUAUUUUACUCUCAAUUAAAUAUCAAACCUUGUAAGAUUUAUUAGUGAAAUGCAGAAACCUUGUUUGUUAUCGAUGAAAGUUUUGAUCAAUGAAGAUGAAUCCCAGCUGAUAAUCUAUGGGUGAUUUUUGGUAGGAAGCAAGUUAAACUAAUUAAUACAUGUCUUGUUAAAUUUAAUGUUUAAGUAAUUUAUACAACAAAGUUGUUUGUAUAACCAGUAACUGGUAUUUACUCAGAACAUAAUAGUUUAAUCAUUGAUGUUCUAAUACCUAUUUAACAAAACAUCAGUUGAAACUUUUCUGUAGCUGUAAUUUAAAUUUAAUUUCUAAAAUUGUUUUGAAAAUUUGGUUUGCUACUGUUGCAUGUAAACAGCUUAACACAAAAAUUGAUUAUUAUUAUAACAUAUUUAGCUAUAAAGUUGGUCCAAUUGUUGUUUAAUUUGUUUAGACAAAUAUAUUUAACUAUUCUGUUAGAAUAAUUAAUGCAAAACUCAAGCACCAAUGAUUUUACAAGUUUUCUUUCCAACUGCUCAAAAUGUGCACCUUUGGUAUCACAAUAGGCUUACUUCCACAUGUCCAUGCACAGGAGGGAUGAGAGUGUGCAUGUUCCAAUACAGAAUGCCAUUCAACAUGGUAUUAUGAAUUGCUGUCAUCAAUAUUUCAUUGUUACCCUGCUGAUUUCACUACAGUUCAUGUUAGAGGAGAGUAAAUACAAUACACAAAAAUACUGAAAAAAAGUUAUAUAUGAAUUUAGAAGAUUGCAGAGGUAAUGCAAAUUGUACAGUAGACAAAAGUAUUUUUAUUCUUCAUAUAAAUAUUGCCUUUCGUCAUGACUUGUCUGAUUCAGACUGACUGUCAUUUUCCAGAUGUAUAUCUAGUAAAAAUACUUUUAUAACACAACCGACUUGUAUGUUUUAUAAAAAGCUUGUCACAUUUCGUGUAAUGCACAUUGUAAAUUUGGAAUAUAGUAAACAUUCCUUCUUCAAUACAGGGUCCAACAGACUGAUCUCAUGCACUUUUGGUUAUGUCCUCAACCAUGAAACUACGUAUUUGUGAAAAAUAUCCAGUAAAAACAAUCUAGCUCUUUUUUUUUUUUUUACUGAAGAUUAGAUUUAAUUUUUUGAAAAGUAUAAUAAAAGUAAUGUAAUAUUAUUUUUACAUGAAUUUCCUUCGAGGACCACAGAUCACAAAAAAAUGUCCAACAAUGAAACCAAGAAGUGUACAGUCUCCAAAAGCUCGGUGUAACUUAAGUGAUUCUAAAAAAAAGCGAUUUUCAUCACAAAAUCCAGUAGAAUUAUUUUAUAGGUAUAAUUCUUUCCUUCUUAGCUUGCUUCUUUGGCAGCUUCUAAUUUAAUCAAUAAAAACAGUUUGAAAAUUAA